AUGUCAAUGAUUAUCAAACAAAUUAAAAUGUUCAAUCGAAAUGAAGAUCGCCAUAGAACUCCGCGAAGUUUUCCAAGUGGCGCUCAAAAAAGAAAAAUUGCUGCUGAAAAAGAAAAAAAUUUUGAGCAUUCACUUUCUAAAACUCCGAAAAUAAGCAAUUAUUUUAUUUCUUAUCAAAACUCUGAAGCUAUAAAAACCGAACAACCAGUUAGUCCUUCAAGUUUAGCCAUUUCAGAAUUUGCUGAAUGUGAAUCAAAAAUUUCUGCCAUUGACAUUGCCUGCGUUAAUUCAGAAGCUGUAUGUAAUGAAAAACCAAAUAUUUCUUCAUCAGAUAUUUUAGAAUUUGGUGAAGUUGAAUCGAAAACCGACACCGCAGUGCAUUUAGAGGAGACAUUAGAAAAUCCUAAUUUUCUGACUGAUAUCGGACUUUGGGUACAACCUUACUCCGAUGAUAUGAUCGACUUCUGGAUAAAAAAAGGUCCAACUGAAUUACAAAACAGCGACGAAAAAAUCCUCUCUAAAUUUUCUUCUACUCAGAUAAGGCAAAAUGUGAGUGAGACAACUUCACCGAAUGUAGCACUAAGUCAAGAAGGGUACUGCGAUUGGAAACAUGCAUCAGAACGUGUAUGUCAACAUGAAAUAUCGAAGAAUCAUUUGAACUCGGUUACAGCUUUUUCAUCACGUUACAAUGAAACAACUUGCAUUGAUAGCAAAAUAAAAGAACAGGCCACUGAAGUAGCUCGAUAUUGGAGAAAAGUUCUUAAAAGAGUUGUAGGCACCGUUAAAUUUCUUGUUGAACGUGGACUAGCUUUUCGAGGUCUCGAUGAAAUUAUUGGCUCGCCAAACAAUGGAAAUUUUCUGGGAAUUAUGGAGUUAAUUGCUCAAUUUGAUCCUUUUCUUGCGACUCAUAUGGAAAAAUAUGGAAACAAGGGAAGUGGUCACACAAGUUAUUUGUCGUCAACAGUAGUAGAAGAACUAAUUUUUCUUAUGGGAAAAGAAGUAUUGCGCGAAAUAGUUUCCCGCAUAAAAAAAGCGAAAUACUAUUCUGUAUCAGUUGAUUCUACGGUUGAUGAAGGACACAUUGAUCAGUUGACUGUGGUCAUAAGAUACAUGGAAAAUUUGAAUCCAGUAGAACGGUUUUUAACCUUUAUUCCGAAUGUUGGCCACCAAGGCAAAGAUAUGGCCCAAGCUCUUCUUGGAUUUUUAAGUAAAUAUGAUUUAGACAUAAUGGAUUGUCGAAGUCAGUCUUAUGAUAAUGCACCAAAUAUGAGUGGCAAAUACAAAGGUAUGCAGGCUUUGAUAAAAGAGGAAAAUCCUUUGGCUGAACAUCUUCCAUGCUUUGGGCACUCAACGAAUUUAAUAGGAAAAUCAGCUGCCAAUGCAUGUCCUGCUGCCGUUCAUUUCUUUGACUUUGUCCAAGAACUUUGUGUAUUUUUUACUAAUUCAACAGCGAGAUAUAAAAUCUUAAUUGAAAAAUUAUCUGCCGCGACACCAAGAGGAAACUUCUAUACUUUAAAAAAGCUAAGCGAUACUCGUUGGUCGUAUCGCGCAGAUGCCACUAAAGCUCUGGUUCAUGGGUACAAACCUAUUCAAGAUGCAUUAGAUGAAAUUUACAACGACGUUGAACAAAAAAGUAUUGUGAGAAACGAAGCUUUUGGUCUUUUACAAAAAAUGGCUAAACUAGAAACUGCAAUUUAUACUAAAUUUUGGCAUGACAUGCUUGAAAGGUUCAAUUCAACAAAUGAAAUUUUACAAAGUUCCACAAUGAUUCUUUGCACAGCUGUUAACUGCCUCAAGUCAUUAAAAACAUUUGUUGAAUCGAAAAGAGACGCAUUUGAAACGUAUGAAGUUGCGGGCAAAGAAUUAUCUAAUGUUCAAGAGUAUGAAAUUGUACGUGUAAGGAGACCAAAUGUGACUCGCAGACCUCUUGACUGUGUACAAGCACCUUCGGUUCAAUUAUUGCCUAGAGAUAAAUUUCGAACAGAGAGUUUUCUUCCGGUUUUUGAUCAAUUAGUCUCGUCAUUAACUGAACGAAUAGCAGCUUAUGAGGUUAUCUAUGAAAGAUUUGGGUUUUUAGCCGAAUUGAGUACUAUAGAAUCUGCCGAGUUAGAAAGAAAAGCAAAUAAUCUUGUAGAUGUCUAUCCUGAAGAUCUAGAUGGGAAUCUAGCAAACGAACUUUUACACCUUGUGGCUUUUUCUAAACAAUACGAAAAAAGAGAAAACGAGUCUGGCCUCCACCUGACUCUGGCCCCAGGGCCUCCACAAUCCUAA